GGGAUCAGGGGCUGGGGAUGUGGGUCAGGGAGGAGGCAGGGGUAUCCUUUAUCUCUGACCUCCUUCAUUCAGCUGAGCCUGGCCCCCCUCUUAUUUUUCUCCAAUUUCUUUUUAAUGCCUCCUCGGUCUCUACCUCCGUCUCUCUUUCCCUGGGUCUCUCUCCCCUCCAGUCUCAGUCUCUCCCCAUCUGUCUCUCUCUUUGGACCUCUCUCUUUCCUUUUGCACCUGCCUUUCUGUCUCCAGGAACCCAAUGCCACUCAGACUCCUCUCCCCUAAAUUUCUUUCAUUCUCCCCCUCUCUCUUUCUCUCUCUCUCGAAUUCUUCUCUAAGACCUUUGCCCCAUCCCCAAUUUCUCUCCCCCUUUUAUUUCUUUCCUUCUCUCCCCCAUCCUCUCAGUCUCUGUCUGUCUCUCCCCAUCUGUCUUUCCUCCCCCUCUCUGGAUGACUCUCUGUCUCUUCUUUCCUUCUGUUACCCAGAUCCCGAUCCCCCCAUCCUCUUCCUCGCCCCAAUCUUUCCCCAUCCCCCAUCUCUCCCCCAGCCUCUGGGUUUCUGUCUCUGUCUCUGUCCCCUUUUCUCUCUGGAUAUUUCUCUCUGUGUGUGUCUCUCUCUCCAACUUCCUUCUGCUACCAGCCGCUGCCUCCCCCAAAUUUCUCCCUCCCCCAUUUCUGUUUCUCCGACUCUGGAUCUCGGUCUUUCCGCCUCUCCUGGCUCUGUCUCUCUCCCUCCCUCUCUGGGUCUCUCUCUUUUUCCCCAGCUUCCUUCUGCCCACCCAGACCCUUCCCCCCCCAUCACUACCUUCCCCCCAUCCAUCCUCCUCUCCGUGGCUCCCCCAUUCUCAGCCGGCCUCCCCUCCCCCUCCCUCCCCUCCUCCCUCCCUCUCUCGUCCUCCAGCUCCGCACUUUACCCAGCGACACGAGAACCAAAUUGUCUCCUCACCUUUUUUUUUCCCCAUCCCGACCCCCUCUACCUUGGGGCCCAAGCUCAGAGCUGCCCCUCAGCCUCCUCUCCCACCUCGACAGCCCCAUUCCCCGUAAGCCUCCUCAUCUCCACCCCCCAACCAGGUCGGACGCCUGGGUCCCUCGCUGCUGGGGGAGGGGGAGCAGUGAGAAUUGGGAGCCACGAGGGUUCUUCUUGGGGGGUGCCGACAGGGGGCUCAGCGUCCCCUCCCCUGUGCAUCGGAGAGUUGACCUAUCGUUAAGAGCUGGCGCCCAUGGCCGCCCUCUGACCCCCUCCCCGGCCGCAGCCUCCUCC